UUUUAGUGCAUAACGGACUUUUUUCCGUGAUACACUACGCCAGCGUAUAUCACUUAUUUCUGAGGACAGUACAGCGACACCGUUUUUCCUCAGGAUUGUGCACUGAAAGAUUGUCAGUUAAGAAAGGUUUUACCAAACAUUCAAGGAAGAUAUAGAGGGCAUUCUUAUCUUCUAACAUAUUCCGCAACCACCUCCUCCAAGGAAGAAAUUGAUAAAUGCUAUGGCGAGGCAAGUCAAUACAGAAAACACUACCAGCGUGGAUAUGUUUUGCCGAGCGAUCCAGGAAGACAAUGAUGAUAUGUUUUGCCGAGCGAUCCAGGAAGAUAAUGAUGAUAUGUUUUGCCGAGCGAUCCAGGAAGACAAUGAUGCUAUGCAUUGUUUGAUAUUCCCACACAUUCCGCCGCCACCUCUACCAAGGAAAAACAUCAGAAUUCCUAUGAAGAGACCAGUCAAUCUAAAUGAUCAACACAAGUGUGGUUUGGAAGCCCAAGACACAGAUUUGAUCGAUCUAAUCACAUUUGAGGAUGAGGAAGAAACUGAAGAAUUGACAGAAAUCGCUCCGGAAGAUUCUAGAAACUAUACGGAUGGUGUACCUAUGAAUAGGGAUAUAGAACAUGUGAAUGUCGAGUCCGAAAAUGAGCAAAGUCUUGACAAUUUGUUUAAAGAUGACUUAUUGAAAUAUUCGUUUGAUUUUGUCGAAUGUAGAAGAACGUCCCAAACUCCGGAUUUGGACAUAUUUUCAAACGAAGAUGUUGACAGGCAACAUACGAGUCACUAUACGGCCACAAAUCCAUUUAUUUCAAUAACUGAACCAGCAAAACAAAUAUUUUCAACUCCGAAACCGCUGUCAGUUCACUCUGCGGGCAGCCAACAUCUGAGUGAUGCUACGGCCACAAAUCCAUUUAUUCCGAUACCUCAACAAGAAAAACAAUUUUAUUCAACUGUUCAACCGCGGAAAAUUCACUCCGCGGGAAAGGCACAUCUGAGUGACGCUACAGCAACAAAUCCGUUUAUUUCCAUAUCUGAACCAGAAGAACAAAUACAUUCAACUCUUAAAACGCGGACGAUAGAAAAAUAUAGUCCUUUUCAACAGGAGAAGAUUGCAUUUGGAUUUGAAUCAUCGGUCGACAACGGCUCCGGGGAAAAUUAUCAGAAAAGGCCCCGACUUAAUGAGGAAGUCUCCAUAUCCAAAUCAUUAUGUGAGUUGAACAUCUUCUCCGGAGAAGACAAUCCUGAUACACCUGACAUUGUUGGUCAGGCUGGUCGCGACAAGCAACAGAAUAAUCCUUUUCUAAGAAAAGGGACAUUUGACAUCGUUACUAAACAAAACGAUCAUGAAAGCUGUCUACAGAAUUCUGUGGUGGAUGAGACUAUGUCUUCGACUGACCCCAACUCUGUGGAAUGUCACGAUGAGAUACAUACCUAUGAUUGUGAUAACCAGAUAUAUCAUGACACGGUUGUAUUCAACAGCAAUUCAUGGCCAAAGGUGCAUGAUAUGAACAAGGAUCAUUUUAUUCAAUGCACAUCUGAAACAGGGCAGCUACCAGCACUGCCAAGUCCGUGUUCUGUAGAUAAAUCAACUGGACUUUAUCUAAAUACGACUCAACAUGGAUCACAAGAAAAGCAGGACUGUGUGGUAUAUGACUACCCAGCAAAUUGUCAAUCAGGAGAAAUACGUCACAGGUAUACGUCCUCAGAUGAUGAAGGCGAAUACAUUACUAUGUCACCUAUUGUAAGCAAAUGCCGUACUCAUAUUAACAAAAACAAGGCAGUCCAACAAAGUUCAUGGAAAUAUGAAUCAGGAAGUGACGCAAAGAGAGACCCUGACCGAACAAAAAAAGCACACCCAUUUCUUACCUCCCAGCGCUCUCUAAGUGACAGUGAUAUCUGCGGUCCAAACGUUUUUGGAGACAGCAAGCUAGAUGCAGGGGUAGCGUACGAUUGCAACGAUGGAAGGCAAAUGAAAAAACAUAAAAGCAAAGAUAACGGUAAAUUCAACGAAGGGAAUUUUUUAACCAAGUUCUUCAAGCGCAACCGAAAAAACUCACAGCUAUCUACAGCAAAGCCGGGCGGUUAUUUAAAUCUGUUUUGUCCGUGCGGGGGUUCCUGUGACCGAAUAGGGAAUUUGGUGACGUCAUCAGAAGGGCAGAUGUGGGUUUCCUUUCUCCACUGUACUUGGGUGUCACUAUACGACCACCGACUACGAUUCCUGCAUAAGUUUGACGCCGGUGGUAUUGUGGAUGAUCUCGCUGUGUCGCCAGCCGGUGUCCUAUAUAUCUCCUGUCCUCGACAUAGGAAAAUUCUCAUGCUCACCACUAACCUAGAGUUGGGGACAAUGUGUCAUUUCAACAAGCUGCAUCCACGAGGACUUGCAAUUUCCCCGAUAGAUGGAUCUGUGGUUGCCUGUUUGACGUCAGAAGAGCUUGGACACUUGAUGACUGGCUCUUCAAAUAACUCUCUGAUGAAAUUUGCAGGAAAAAGAAAGAACGAAGAAGGAAAAGUUUUGAACAAAGGCGAUUUUCUUGGUUAUCCCAUGAGGCUUGCCAUUAACAUAAAUGGAUAUAUCUUAGUCUCGGAUUUCGGUUUGAGGUGUAUGUUUGUUUUGAACCAAGGAGGGCUCAUGCUAAAGAAGUUGACCAUAUUAGGAGAACGACAGCUAUGCCAAGUGCACAGCAUUACACAUGGUCAUGGUGAAACCUUUUACGUUGUACACGGCGGGCGUGGUAGGUUAAUCAUCACACGACUGCAGGAACACCGGGGUUGCGUAACACAGGAGACUUCACGACGUUUGGACCCAGACAUUUACUGUAAAGUUCGAGCAUCUACUGUUACUCAGAGAGGUCAGCUAGUAGUAACCUCUGGAUCGGUAGUUAAAUACAUCUCUCCUGAUUAAUAAUCUGCAGUAAAGUUCGAUCAUCUACAGUUAAUGAAAAAGUCAGCUUGUAGUUUCCUCCAGAACUGUAGUUAAAUACGACUCUCCUGAUCUCCUGUUGCAUUAUCUUGUUGAGAGUGAAUUAAUAUUGUUUGUUUUACUUUAUUUUUGUGGUUGAAAUGCGUCAAGAAGGAAAGAAAACAUUGAACCUGUAGGCUAUAGUGUUGACGAAUGCAUAUGACGUGACUUAUUUACAUUAAAAAGUAACGGACGAUUUUAUUAACUUCAAAAUCUUUAGAAUUCUCAUUUGCAAAAAAACCCCCAAAAAAACCGCUUGAAUGUGUAAACAAAGCUUGUAAUUGUGCUUUUGCAAAAUACAUGUAUAGUACACCAUAUUACAUUUCAUCAAAAACAUUGAUUAUUCAAGAAGUCAGCUGACCCCAUGCGCAACCUCAGCUGUUAAAAGGUUGGCAGGCUAUCCACUGCUUCAUUCAUACCUUGAAAUAUUGUGCUUAAUUAUAAUAAUUAAAACGAUGAUUUUAGUAUAAAGUUAUCUAGUAUGUAUUUUGUUUAUCUUGUGUGCUGAGAUGUUUGGUAUGUGUUGUUGAACGACAUAUCAACAGCUAUGGUAAUUUUAGAUGGCAUCUCCUAUGUACGGAUUGCAUGCGUGUGUUGAGUGAGUGCGUGAUUUGGAAGGCGGCAGUCUAUUGGCGGGCAAGCCAACGUUGACGUCAAUGUAUUGUUGCUGCGACGGCAUGUAAUGGUCGAUAACGUGCAAAGAGCACGUGCAGAUUGUCUCAACACUAGGGAGAGAUAAGAAAAGCUCACACCCUUAAUAUUGUAGAUGUCUCUGUCAAGGGUAACAGAAAAGUAAUUAUUCUAUCGUUGAACGAUUAUGGAGUUGAGCUUUCGAUCUCCAUGUUUUAUGUUGAAACAUGUUUGUGAUGGUGUUCGCAGGGUUUCAGGGGUUGGGGUUGGUGAUGGGUUGUCGGAGAAUUGAGAAAAUAAAAUCUAAGAAUCUGUGCGUGCGACAUUAAUAUCAUUUCAUUACUUUCUCUUUCCGGCUUUCCUACGUUUGCACUCUUUACCUUUAAUGUUUUGAUGAAAUUUACUCAAUAAAAACAUCCUAAAAUCUGUCA